AUGAAUCCUGGCACCGCCGCGGUGGUCGUCACCGGAUCAUUUUUUGGUUCCUUCUGCCGCGCUGCCACGGGCUUUGGGGGGUCCAUCAUCUUCGAGUUGAUCUACAACUUGUGUGGCGAAUUCCACGUGGCACCAGGCUUGCGGAAUGCCUUGCGGAUGGUGGAGCUGGGCAUGGUCUUAGAGAUGACGAACUCUCCACUGAUGUUCCUCACUGUGGCCCGGCAGACGUCCCGAUUCUGGCGGAGUUUGUUGAUGCUCUCGAUGCUGUGCUUGCCAGGCACCAUGCUGGGAUCUUUCGGCCUGUUGCAGGCGCAAGAGCAUGCGAAAACCCUGGCGGCCCUGCGCAUGGGACUCAACUUGCUGUUCCUACUGAUUUCCAUUUUCAAACUCUCUGGCGAAGUGCGGGCCCACACCAAGCAGCCAGAAAAGGAGGUUGCCUUGCUGAAUGAGGGAUCCAAGGUGCAACAGGAUGACGACAAAACAAUUUGUAGAGAGUUGGGAUUGGGAUUGGUGUUGGUGGGCUUCGCUGAUGGCUUUUUGAAUGGCUUGAUUGGCAUUCCGGGGCCUCCAACCAUGAUCUACUUCGCCUCAGUCUUGAAAUCUGGCCGCAUGACGCCCGACACCUGCAUGGUGCUGACCCAGACCUUCUUCCUGCUUACCACCUUCAUGCGCGGUGCAGCCUUAGGUUCCCCCGCCAUGUGGCACGAGUGGCUGAAAAGCGAACCCCUGGCCCUGCUGAUUCCAGUGCCAGCUUUGGUAGCUAUGAAGCUGGGCUUUGAGCUGCGAAAGUGGCUGGAUCCCACCCUGCUGCUGCGGUGCAUCUUGGUCCUUCUCUUGUUGUCUUCCCUGAUGGGCAUGGACGUUUUCCAAGGCUCCUGGCUGGGGCUAGGCAGCCUGGCCUUCACUGGCCUGUGGCUCUUGGUGCUUCUGACGAAAGUGACCCGCAGAGAUGUGGCUGGCUGUGUGAUCCUGUUUAUCCAUAGGAUCGUUAACCGAUCUGCUUUCACGGUGGCCUCUGAGGUCACUGUUGGUGUAGCAGUUGAUUUGGACCAUCGAUGUGUGUACUUCUCCACAGACGGCAAGUGGGAUGAGAAAUGGCUGGAAUCUCCUGCCUUCGGAAAGGACCGUAUUCCAGCUGGCAUGGAGCUGUAUCCUGCCAUCUCGUUGAAAGGUAGAGCAUCUUUCGACUUUGGUCCGUGCGCUACUGGUGGAUUGGUCAUGAGUUUUAUGCAUGACUUCGCGGAUGUGAUUGAUAUUGAAAGCUGCCAGGUACUGGAAGUACAAGCCGCCAACAAGAAAAGGUUUGGCGAAACGCCCCAACGGGUGCGCAUAGCUCUGCAGCCCAGAGACAUUCCAACGGGGACGUUUAGCACGAUGUAUGGCUUCUUAACCUCGGCCCCGCGCUCUCUCGGCUCCCUCGCCUCCCUUCGCAGCACGCCCUGCCGUGGCGUCCGCAGCCGCGUUGCGACCGCAGCGCCGGGCCGGGGCCUGGAGCGUUGGACGCCGCUGGCGCUGGCGGUGCUGGGAGGAAGACUCGGAAGACGGCGGGUGGCGAACAUGGCGAAAGUGGUUGGAACGCACCAACUGAAUUUCUGCAAAUCUGCGGAUGAUAUUUCGGCAAGUCUCAAGACUUUGAUGGAGAAGUAUGAGAAAGAGGUCCAAGCGAUUGUGGACGCUGGGGUCUCCAAGGCCGACCCCUUCAGCUGCAGCUUCGGCGCCCUGGCGGCCGAGCUGACGCUGCCGGCGCUGGUCAGCGGCGAGGCGGCCAGGCGCCACGCGGCCACGGAGGCGAAGAAGGAGUUGCAGCUGAUGUGGGGGAAGACUUACUCGAGACCCGAUUUGUACAAAGUGCUGGUGAGUGCACAAAGCUUUGCCAAAACACCAGAAGAACAGCGCUUGAGCCAGGUGGUUCUGUCCAAAUUUCGGCAUGUGGGAGCCCAUUUGGAGACCAAGCAACGGCAAGAGUUGGAAGCCUUGGAUGCGCGCUGCAGCACCCUAUGUUUCACUGCGGAGCAGAACAUCAACGAGGAUUGCAGCUCAGUCCUGCUGUCCGCAGAGGAGUUGGAGGGUUGUGCUGAGACUUUCGUUCAAAGUUUGCCCGAGGAAAAUGGCUUGAAGCAAUGUUCCCUCAAGGCGCCUGUGUUGGUUCCGAUCCUCCAACGCUGUGGCAACAGCGAGACGCGCAAGAAGAUGAUGGAGGCGAGCCAGAAGCGUUGCAUGGAGGUGAAUGGACCCCUGCUAGAGGAGCUGCUGACGAAGCGCCAUAAGGCAGCACUGCAGCUGGGCUUCAGCUGCCAUGCUGAACGGAUGCUUGCACUGAAGAUGGCUGGGAGCCUGGACUCGGCGCGCAGCUUCGUGCUGGACAUGCUGCAGCGCAUGCAGCCCCUGCGCGACAAGGACCUGCAACGCCUCAGCGCGCGGAAGCACCGCCUGGAAGAGGCCGAGGCCAAGGACGGCCGCAAGCGCAAGGCGGAGGUGUUGGGAAAUGGCGGCCAUGGCGGCCAUGGCCUCAAUGCCUGGGACGUGUCUUUCUACGCUGACCUGUUGAAACGUGAAGAGCUUCACUUGGACGACGAGAAGCUGAAGGAAUUCUUCCCACUGGAGGGCACCAUCGAUCGCAUCUUGGAGGUCUACACCGAACUCCUGGGCCUGACCUUUGAGCGGAACGAGCAGCUGCCUGUGUGGCACGACGAGGUGAAAGCUUUCGAAGUGAAGGAAGAUGGCAAGGUGGUGGGCCACCUUUUCUUGGACCAGUUUCCCAGGGAUGGGAAGUUUUCGCAUCAGAUGAUCGUGCCGCUUGCGCCUGCCUUCGUCAGCAGGGAUGGUGAAGAAUGCCUCCCAGCCUGCGUCAAUAUCUCCAAUUUGCCGCGCAGUGAGGGUGGGCGCCCCGCCCUGCUACGUUGGUCAGAGAUGAAGACACUCUUUCACGAGUUAGGCCACGUGAUGCACUGCUUGUGCACCCGCACGCGUUUCAGCAUGCUCAGCUGGGCCUGGCCUAUUGUGCCGUGGCCUGGUGGGGUGGAGCAAGAUUUCUUGGAAGUGCCUUCCAUGGCGCUGGAGAAAUUUGCCUGUGAGCCCCUGCUGCUGCAGCGGGUGGCCAGGCAUUUUUCGGGCCAAGGCGGCCAAGGGCAACUGGAGGAGGCGGUGGUGGCCAAGAUCAAACAGUUGGAGACAUGGAUGGCAGGGCUGGGUGAGACGCGCUACUUCUCAUCUUCGCUGUUUGAUUUGAUGAUCCAUUCCCAGGCUCCGCCCUACACCUUCGAGGGCGAGGACAACUUGACAGCUGCGGAACUGUAUCGCCGUGUCACGCAGAAAUAUACCACCCUCGCACAACUUCCGAAGACCAACUACAGUGCCAGUUGGUAUCACCUCUACAUCGGCUAUGAUGCUGGCGUCUACGGCUACGGCUGGAGCGAUGUCUAUGCUGCGGACCUCUUCCACACCAUGCAGGUCUCCGAGAGCGGUGCCCUGUCCUCCGCCACGGGGCAACGGCUGCGGAAGGAGAUCCUGGGGCCAUGCGCCACCAAGACAGGGGACGAGAUGCUGAAGAACUUCUUGGGACGGGAGCCCUCCGUCGAAGCGUGGUGUGCGCUGAAGGGGCUGGUGCUGUUCACAGAUGCUCCAGACACGUUUUGGUUGGAAAUUCUGGGCCGUAGCUACAAGCGAGUGGGCGCGCGCUGCGACAUGCCAAUGUAUCGAUGUGGAAACGGGAGCGUCAUCUACUUCGAUGGCCCCAGCAGUCAGUGGCGGAUGGCGCUCAAGCCAGUUGAGGGUGAGGACCAGUUUACUGAUAGAGCUGUGUACUGCUCAGCGCCCGCAACUGCUCAUGUGAACGAACCUCCACGAGGUGGAUGGAAACUCCCAGAUGAGGAGCGUGGGCUUUUGCCGAAGGCUUUCUUCACCAAAGGUCUACAGGCGAAAGGUGUUUCAAAGGAGGUCGUUCAGUCCAUAGUGUCGAAGGUGGUGCACCAGGAUGCUGACGGCAAAAUGUCAGCAUUCCGGCGGAAAGGAGGUGUCAGCUUUGAUGAGGAGUGGGCCAAGUUGGAAGAUCCGCCCUGCGAGGCCCAAGCCGCAUGGCAAGCGGGCGUGGAGCAACUCCAGGAGAGCUUGAUGCAGGAGUUUGGAGUGCCAGGAGCUCACGUAGUGGAGUCCGCCCACCCCUACGAAGCGAAGGGCUUCCGCUGGACCAAAGAGGUUUCCAUCAAGGGCGCCUCAGCUCUAGUCGUUCACUUCUACGAAAAGAGCUGCACCUACGAUAGCUCCACCCGCCUUUGCAUCUUCUCGGGUGGGCUGCCGCGGGAUGCCGCGGGUCCAGGUGCGCGAGUGGAACUUCACACCUGUUGCAGCCAGCGAGUCUGGGGCACCGUGCUGGAGCGAAGCGCUGGGAUGUGGAAGGUCUUGCUUGACCGUCAGACGCCCGGCACAACAGCUGCGCCGGCUGCAGAGUGGCCCCAGCUCGGAGAUGCAGUGCAGGCCAAGUAUUUGCACGGGAUGUGGUUCCCAGCCAAGAUCUCGGCCAUCAAGGUUGAGGGGGGAAUCAAAACCUUCACCGUGGACUGGGAUGAUGGGGACUACCGGGACAAGGAGAAGCGGCGCGAAGAGAUUCAGCCCAGGGGCGGGGGUCCAGUGCCAGAGCUGGCCGCGGAACGCAACGUGGAAGAUGUGGAGGUUUAUCGACAGGCCGUGCCCAAGGACGCCACGGCGCAAUGCUUUGCACAUUGCAAGGAGGGCCCUCCAAAGCGUGUGCUGGUCAAGUACGGCAAGCAAGAGGGCCCCAAGUACGAUGAGCAGGGUUUCGGUGUCACCUGUGGCGAUGAACUCCUCGUCUUCAGCCUCGACAGGACGUGCCCUUUGACGCCCAUCGUCUUGUCCAAGAUCUCGGAUAAACCUGGCCCUGCCAAGGUGCAAGGUGUUGACAGCGGUUGGUACCUGGACCUGGUGAAGACGUUUUCAGGCCCUCACCGGGAAGCCUUGGGAGAGCUGCUGAAUGGACGCUUGGGAGGUGUCACCUUGGACCUUUGUCCAGUGAAACCCGACCAGGUGAUGGAGGCAGUGAUGUCCAAUCUGGAGAGCUUCGUUCAGUUGUUGAACACCAAGGUGCGAGCCAUGGAUGACGUGACCCUGUGCUUCAUUGACAGCUCAGCGGCUGUCAUGCCCGUGCUGCUCCCCGAGGCUCACGUGCAGUAUGAUGCCAAGGUGAGCUCGGAAAUCCAAUUGCUGGGCAGUGAUGGCAAGAACGACGUAGUGGUGAAGGCCUUCUGCUCCGAAGGACCUGCCCAGGCGGCAGGUGUGAGACCCGGCUGGGCAGUUGAUUGGCCAAAGACGCUGCAGCUGAAUCCCAUGGCUGAGCUUCCGAGCAAGGAGGAGUUCAUGGAUUCACCGAAGUCGAUCUUGGAGAAGUCUGGGCUUCGCCUAGCCUUCAAAAAUCUGUACCCUGUCAAGACGCGACAGUGCAUGUUCUACGGCACCAAAACGGCCCGCUCCUGGCGAAGCCUUGAGAUUCCAGGUGAGUUUUGUGAAUUCGAGUUUAGCUCGGACGGGGACGGUGCCAGCUUCCCUCACCAGCGCUGGGGCUUCUGGGCCCUGGUCUCCGCCAAACCUGCAGAGAAGGAGGAGAAAAAAGCGGAUAGCUUCUCCUUGGAAGUGGAGAAGAAAGAGGGCGCCAUGCUCGGCAUCACGACUCAGGAAGUGAGCGGUGCCUGCAUGAUUACCUCCAUUGAACCAGGAUCCACACCCAUCCAGGAGUGGAACGCAGCCCACCCCGACAAGGCGUUGAAGGUCCAUGAUUUCAUCCUGGAGGUGAAUGGUGUCAAGUCGUCCUAUGAGAGCAUCUUGGAUGAGCUUCGGAAGUUCCAGAAACAUGUCAUCGCCGGGUGCCCAACGUGCCCAAGGGCAGUCAAGUGGGACACCGGGGCAAGGGGCAGGCCACAUCCUUCGCCCAGACCCGAGGGUGUACAACGUGUGCGACGUGUGCCGUGCUCCGGGAACACAGCUCCAAGCUCAGCCGAUGCCGACAGGGUCAAGCUUCGAGUGGCAGGUCCACAGGAGAAUGGGUCCAAGUUGGAUGAUGGUCCCUGA